AGGAUGUCAGGUUUCGUCAUUGUAAGUUGUCACAAUUCCUGUAAACAGUGGAUAGUCACGAGGGAGGGAGAGAGGCACAUCGACCACUCUCGCCUGGCCAAGUUUACACAGUUUACACAUCGCCAUAUUGAGGGGCAGAGUAGCUGUCAUGAAUUAGAGCUUUUUUGUAUCGAUUCACGCCUUCCACGCCUUGCAUAUCAGAUCAAAAUGUCUGCAGGACCAUACAAUUACUCAUAUAUCUUCAAGUAUAUAAUUAUUGGGGACAUGGGUGUUGGAAAAUCAUGUCUCCUUCAUCAGUUUACAGAAAAGAAAUUCAUGGCAGAUUGCCCACACACCAUCGGGGUUGAAUUUGGCACCAGGAUAAUUGAAGUAGCUGGCCAGAAGAUCAAACUACAGAUAUGGGACACAGCAGGCCAGGAAAGGUUCAGGGCAGUGACCAGGUCCUACUACCGAGGGGCAGCUGGAGCCCUUAUGGUUUAUGACAUCACAAGGAGGUCCACCUACAACCACCUCAGUUCCUGGUUGACAGAUGCACGUAACCUCACAAAUCCCAACACAGUUAUAUUCCUUAUUGGCAAUAAAGCAGAUUUAGAUGCACAGAGAGAUGUAACAUAUGAAGAAGCCAAACAGUUUGCAGAGGAAAACGGAUUGAUGUUUGUUGAAGCUAGUGCAAAAACAGGUGAAAAUGUAGAAGAAGCUUUCUUGGAGACUGCUAAGAAGAUCUACCAGAAUAUCCAGGAUGGCAGCUUGGAUUUGAAUGCUGCUGAAUCUGGAGUCCAGCACAAGCCAACCCAACCUGGCAGAACCAACCUCAGCAAUGACUCACAAUCUAGUCGUGACAACUGUUCCUGCUAAACUGUGGUGACCCUUUACCUCUGUUGUGGUGUGUACUGUUGUGUACUGAACUAAAUUGAUUUAUCUCUUUAUUUAAAAUGACAUUUGAUUUAUCUUCAAAAGUACCUUGAUUUAUCUUCAAGAUGUCUUGUGUAGAACUGAGUUAGUGGCAGAGAAAAAAAUAUAAUUUUGAAAUUAGUUUUUUCUAAAACUCCUUUGGUACAACUGGCAUAACCUUGUGUCUGACAGUGAUUGUUGCAAAAAGUCUCUGAAGCUUUUCUGAUAAACAUUGAAAAAAGAAAUAACUAAUUCAAUUUCACUCUGACUUCAAAAGGAAUGGCUUUGGCAAUCCAAGCAUUUUUUAUACUGGGCAAUACAGGGACAUGUAUUGCCUUUCUUUAGAAGUGAUGAUUUAAGUAACCACUUAGUGCCAUAAAAUGGCUUUACAAAAAUGGAAUACAACUCAUACAAGAUUUCAAAUUUGGAAAAGGAAAGCAAAUGUAUAUUUAGAGAAAAGAUGAUGGAAUCUACUCAUUUUAUAUAUUAAUCACACUUCCAGUAAAAGAAAAUAUGUUCAGAUUGAAAUAAAUUUUAAUAUGUAUAUAUGUGUGUGUGCAUAUAUAUAUAUAUAUAUAUAUAUAUAUAUAUAUAUAUAUAUAUAUAUAUAUAUAUAUAUAUAUAUAUAUAUAUACACACACACACACACACACACACACACACACACACACACACACACACACACACACACACACACACACACACACACACACACACACACACACACAUACUAGGCUUCCGAAACACCAGUCUUGGAAAGGUAAGUUUUUGCAGUGUAUUUGUGUGUAAUUAUUUUGUGCACACCAGAUAUACUUGUAUAGAGAAUGCAUACAUAUAUUACAAUGUUCAUAUCUUACUAGCCUUUAUUAUAUUUAUUGUGGGGUUUUUGGCAGAGCUGUAAUAUUUUGCAGAAAGAUGCAACAAUAUUUGCCAUGUAUAACUGCAUUCAUAUGUUUUGUGUGACAAUGAUGGACAUCCCAUGUCAUAACCCCUUGUAAAUAACCUUGUUUAGUCACUCUCUGACUUGAUUGUAUUAUAGUUAAAUGUGACAAUGCUGAGAGAAACCACAACAGUGAUCCUUGUUGUAUAAGAAUCUUUAUAGAGACUCAUGCACAUACACUUCCUUAAUAUUAAAAAUGAAUGUUGGAAAUAUAUAAACUUUUUUAUGUGCAAUCACAUUAACAUGUUCCCUAUAUUAUGCUGCAUUUUGUUAUAACAUUGAAAGCAGUGUGGUUGCUUACAUGAUGUAUGCAGUCCAAGGCAAGUGGCCUGUGCUUGACUUUUACCACAGGCAAGCUGAUGAUGGAGACUUAACCCAGACCAUUUUUUCUCUUGUCCUCCAUGCCACCAGAACACAUUACAGAAGUACACAAAGUAUAUAUACCUUGUGUUGCUUUUCUUGCUGUUUUUAUUAAUAUGUGCAUAACAACCUUGUCUAGAAAGGAAUUGCUAUUUUUUUGUCAUGGGCAGCUUGAAAUUAAUUGCAUUUAUAAUCUGGUUCCAUCUUGUGAAUGGAGUUAGACUCAUGAGUAACACUCCAUGUGUAUAUUUAAUUAACAAACAUUUAAGAAAAAAAUGAAUAGUG